AUGGCAGCGGGAGCGGCUGCUCCGCGGCCCCCGACCCGCACCCCGGCGCGGCUCCCGGAACCCCCCCGCGUCUCCCCCCGCCCCCCGCAACGGGAGGGGUCCUACGGGACCCCCAUUCCAGCCGCGCUCCGACGGGAGGUGUCCCCUCGCAAAGCCCAAAGAGAGCGCUCCCCGGUCCCCCCCGACAGCCGCAGCCCCCCGAGCCGCACUCACCUUUCUCCCCGCGGCUGCUCGGCCUCAGGCCGCCUUCCUCCCGGCCCUGGCCCGGCUCUGCCUCAUGCCUUCCCGCGGCUCUGCCUCAGAGGAAACAUUGCCCAGAUCAACACAUGCCCGAGGAGUGAUUUUACACGGGUAGGACGGCGCUUGCUGCCUGCUGGAAAAACUUCCAAUCAGCAGCAUUCACAAGCUGGGUUUAUUUUUCGCAGUUUUCUGAGUUGGGUUUUGUUUCGGUGCCAGAGUAAAGAGCUGGAGGUACAUAUUUCAGCCCAACCUGCAACACCCUCGUCAUGGCCGGAUUUGAGCGAGGAGAGGGCUGUGACCUACAUUCGCAGCCCAGCCUGUGUAGGGCUCCCCAAACCCCCCAGCAUUGCCCCGCUUCGCUUUAUAGGGUUUAUCACGGGGUCGACGCUCAUCCAUUGCAAAUGCUCUGCCCCAAACGCCGACCCCGAGCAUCCUCCAAAGCCUCGAAGCUGGGACACGGGGCUGGAACAAAAUUACCCAGAGCUUUUAAAAGCUCUCCCACCUUCGUCUCCGCUCUUCCUCCGGGUAGGUGUCCCGGCGGCGGCAGAACAAGACGCCUACAGAGGGCUGCUGGAAGCUGUCGGGCCGGAAUACACUGGGAGGCCUUUUUGCCUGGAAACUAUUUCCUACCCGCAGGCUGCGGUGGCAGCAAGCAUUCCUGCGCGGGUUGGCAGGCGGGCGGUGAGCCCCGGCCCGCGGCACGGCACUGAUGUCCCCACCACAAAGCCCUUUUAUGCUCGUGGGAUUGGGGUUUGUUUUCUCCGAGGGGAGACGCGCAGCGUGCCGAUGGUGAGCGGGGCGAAGCGUCGCCUCCCCUUGUUUCACGGGGCGAGCGCAGGGAAAAAAGAGAGGUUUGUUGCAAAGAGACCCGAGCCGGAGCUGUUGGGGAGCAAAAACAGCCCAUUAAAGUCAGGGCUGCGGCCAUAAAUCAAUAGAGCUGCUGCUAUUUCCAUCUGCCAGGCGAGGAGUGGGGCAGUGCCCAUGUGUCCCCUGCCCACGUGUGCCGCACGGAGGGAUGUAUCCCCUGCCAGGGGACGUGGCAGCACAUGGUGAGACCCCCACUGGCUGUGGGUCCUGAUGAGCCGUGGGGCAGCACCCUGAGCCAAACUGCCCCAAUAGGGUCCGGAUGUUUUUCCCAAAGCCCCAAUGAAUGAAGAUCUGUGAUUGACGAAGGAGAUGCGAUCGAAGAGCCGUGAUUGAAGGGACGUGAUUGAAGGGAUGUGAUUUUUGGUUUCCCUUUCCCAUAAAUACUCAGAUGAGCCCACAAGUUGGAAAAGAAGAGAUCAGGAAGAAGGUUUGGCGGCCCCAUCGCCUCGUGAUUCAAUCUGUGUGCAGGAGACAGAGCUCCCCUUGAACGGUGAUGGGGACACGGGGCCGCCUGGCAGCUCAUCAGCCCUGGCUCCGCGUGCAGGCAGCGCCGGGCCCUUAUCUCCCAGAUACACAUCUGCUGGGUGCACAGCCUUGUCCACCCGUACGUGGAGCACGGCUGAUACCCUCAGCUUUCUGCUUGCCUACAGGGAAGAACACGCAUCCCGAAGGGUCACCCAAAAAUCAAGUGACAGCCAUGCAGCCCACCGCCGUCGCCUUCCCUCCAGGGCAUUUCCCUGCCUGGGGCACUUCCCGCAGCGCACCGCUGCCCGCUCCUUGCUGACGUCCUCUGAUCUGUGCGGUCUGCAGGCGAGCAGCGGGAUCCGGCCGCACACCGGCGAUGCGCAGGAGCCCCUCGCUGCUUGCCCAACCCCCGGUUUUCAGGCCGCGCAGGUGCCGGCAGCCCUCACAUUAGCACCUCAUCAGCUCCCCGGGGCCCAGCGCAAACAGCCUGCCCGGCGAGGAAAUGCCCGCGGCCUUGAGAUGCGGGCGGCGGGAGGAUGCUUCCUGCCUCCUCGGCCUCGGGUGGGCAAACAGCACCUGGGCGGGAGGGCAGGAGGGGGGGGGGGCACGGAUGUGGAUUCAGGAAGCGGCCCCCCCGAGCCCCCCGCCAUGCACAUGUUAAUGGCACCCCGUGGCACCGGGCUAUUAAUUAUUCCCACCGGCGGUACCCGCUGCAACGGGGGAGCUUCCCCUCUGCUUCCCACGCCGAUGGGGUUUCUCCCCGCGGGAGGAAGCUCCCCGCUGUCGCUGCCGGGGGCCGGCAUUGAUUCGCGCUGUUGCUCGCCGUAAAGGUGAAAAGGAACACCGUCUUUAGAAAUAAAUAGAGGCCUGCUCGCCGGCUGAACUUAUCAAGUCGGAGAGAUGGCAGUCUCGGAAAGGAGAAAAUAAACAAAUUUGGCAGCCAGCUCGCUGAGCAGCGCUCCGGUUAUCUCCGAGUCACAGCCCCGCUGCUCCGGAGCCGGGCGAUAGCAUCGCGAGGCACGCAGCUCUCCGCGGUGAUGCGAUCAGGAACAAUCCCGAACCCGGCUCCGGGCAGAUAAAACCCUUUUCUUGUCUCUGAGACGCUGAGAUCAGUGCCCGCUCUGCAGGCAUCGCCGGCCCUGGGCUCCUUGUUUGACUGAAAUAAUUUUAUUUGAAUACAAUACGCUAUUUC